AUGGCUCUCAAAACGGUUAUAUGUAUUGGUAUGGCCGGGUCUGGUAAGACAACGUUUAUGCAGCGCCUGAACUCUCAUCUACAUGCGGCGAAGACAGCACCAUAUGUGGUUCAACUAGAUCCUGCAGUUCUAAAUGUGCCUUAUGGGGCAAAUAUUGAUAUCCGGGACUCUGUAAAAUACAAAAAAGUAAUGGAAAACUACAACUUGGGACCUAACGGUGCGAUCGUGACGAGUUUGAAUUUGUUCAGCACCAAGAUCGACCAGGUCAUUAAGCUGGUAGAAAAUAAAAGAGAUCUCCAUGACUACUGUAUAAUAGACACACCGGGUCAAAUUGAAUGCUUUGUAUGGAGUGCUUCGGGCUCGAUCAUAACAGAAUCGUUCGCCUCUACCUUCCCUACUGUCAUCGCCUACAUUGUUGAUACUCCAAGAAACUCAUCGCCUACUACUUUUAUGAGUAAUAUGCUCUAUGCAUGCUCUAUUCUGUACAAGACAAAGCUGCCUAUGAUUGUGGUGUUCAACAAAACGGACGUGUGUAAGGCAGACUUCGCUCGCGAGUGGAUGACAGAUUUUGAGGCCUUCCAAGAGGCUCUUAAGGAGGACCAAGAGCUCAAUGGCGAAUCUGGUAUGGGCUCCGGGUACAUGGGCUCCUUAAUCAAUUCCAUGUCCCUGAUGUUAGAAGAGUUCUACUCUCAGCUUGACAUGGUGGGUGUUUCUAGUUUCACAGGCGACGGCUUUGACGAAUUCCUAAAUGCUGUGGAUAAGAAAGUGGUCGAGUAUGAAGAGUUUUACAAAGCUGAACGCGAGUCUUUACUUAAGCGGAAGGAGGAAGAAGAAAAAGCGAGAAAGGAUAAGUCCCUGACUCAUCUAAUGAAAGAUCUGGGUUUGAAGGAUGACCAGAACCCUAAAGCCAAGAGUGACUCAAAUGACGAAGCGGAUGUUAUCAGUGAUUUAGAAGAAGAGGAAGAAGGGGAACAUGAUGGCAUCGUACUGCGAGAUGAAGACGAGGGCGUUGAACGAGAGUACACCUUUGCGGGUGAUGAGAGGACCAAUGGCGAGAUCAACGGCCAAUCGGCACCAAACUUGCAGAAACGUUAUCAAGAAGCUCUGGAGCAGGUUGCCAAAUCAGCUAGUAGUGAAACCGCUGAAAAUAUUGCACGCUAUAUCAGACAAUAG